GACUAGUGUGAUGUUAGCGAUUUUUUCUCGCUGAUUUUUGAAUUUCUUUGGCAUUUCUUUGGAAUAACUCAGAACAUGAAUCAAGUUAACUGAAAAUAUUGUACAGUUUUCUAUCAACAGCUAACAAUUACUGCACCAUGGAUACUGAUCAAAUUAAUUCACUUGAGAAUGCUGGCCAAGAAGAAAUAGAGAAACUGCUUCAAUCACUUGCUACACAGCUGGGGACCUGUAUGACGUUUCCUGAGCUGUCGGCCGCCGGCCGGCGCGAGCGCGUGUGGCGCGCGCUGUUCCGGUGGCUCGAGUCGGAGGAGACGGCGUCGUCCGUGCAGACCGCUGCGCUGGCGCUCCUCAGGAUUCUCACCCGGGAUGAGGACGGCCUGGACCGGGUGGUGACGUCAGAGCGGGUGGACCGACUGAUCGCCCUGGCCGGCCUUCAGACCCAGGAGUGCAUGGAACAAAAGCCCGACAACAACCCCGACUACAAAGUGAUCGAGGAGGCGGCCAAGUGCAUGUGUAACCUGUGCCGCCAAAGCGGCGCGGCGCGCCGACUGGCCGCCGCCAGCGCCGCCUGCCUGCAGGGCCUGACGCUGCGGCUGCGCGCCUUCCGCGAGCCGGAGCUCACCCACGGCGUCAAACUGUACUCGCUCAAACUGCUGUUCCUGCUCUCCACGCUGUGUCCAGAAAUACGGCUGCCGCUGGUGCACGACCACCACGGCCUGACGUACAUGACCGAGGUGCUGGAUAUGCUGCUCAGCACCAGCCUGGCCAGCGCCGCCCCGGACGACGAGAGGGCGCGCGGCGUGGAGCUGGCCUCGGAGAUUCUGAAGGUGGUCUACAGCGUCACCCACUCGCUGGCGUCUCCGGACGAGGAGGACGAGGGACACCUGAUGAGGCUCACAGAGGUGCUGCGAGAGUACCUGGUGCUGUCCAACACCACCGAGGACCUCACCAAUUUCGUGGUGCAGGUUCUGACCACGGUGCCGUCCAACUGUUACCCGGCGCUGCUGGUGCCCGAGGCGCCGGGCGCGCGGCCAGACUCCGGGGACGAUACGGCCGCCCUGGACACGGUACUUCACCUGCUCGGAGUCAAACUGCAACAGACGCAGAAUCUGCCGGCCAGCUGCCAGCGGGAGCAGCUGACGCCCAUCCUGGCCAUGAUGUCCUACUCCAGCAAGGCGUGCCGCGCCAUCCGUCGGUACUUCCGGGCACAGAUCCUGCCGCCGAGGCGGGACGUGCUGACGCGUCCCGAGGAGGGCUCCUCGCUGCGCAGUCAGCUCAUCCGGCUCAUGACCUCUCCCGUCUCCGAGGUCAAGGUUCUGGCGGCCCACCUGCUCUUCGUGCUCUGCAAGGAGGAUGUGGGCCGGUUUGUGAAGUACACGGGCUACGGUAACGCGGCGGGCCUGCUGGCGGCAAGAGGUCUGAUGCUCGGGGGGCCGCGGCCGGCCGGCUACUCGUCCGACUCUGACUCCGAUACGGAGGAGUACGUCCGCUACCAGGACAGCAUGGACCCGGUGACGGGCCGAGUGGAGCCGCCCCGGCCCGACCCGAUGGCCGGCUACUCGGAGGAGCGUAAGAUACACGAGGCUGAGAAACUGGUGACGCUCAUCAACCAGUCCAUCGAUAACGGUCUGAUCCAGCCGUGUCGUGUCGGCGCCGACGGAAAGCCGCACCCCAUCUCGCACGUGCUGGAGCUGCAGGAGGGCGCCGCCGCGGCCGCCACCGGCUCCUCGGCCGGAGCGGCGCGGCCUCAGACAGACAGUGACAGCGAGUAGCCGCGGCGGGCGGCGCACCCUCUGUGAGACCGGCCGGCCGCCGCCGCGGACCGGAUAGACAAUCGGACGGAGCUGCGGCGACCUGCCGCCCACCGUGCACACCUUGCCGGCUCGGCGUCCGCCUCCCGCCCCGUGGAACUGCGGUGUGCGCGUAUCGCGAGCACGUGUAGCAGCGUGUAGGGACCGGACACCUCUGGUGGUCAGGUGUCUAGUGAUUCGGCUGGGACGCUCACGGCACGGUCCACGCCAGACUGACGCUAUGUCCACUGGGCCGGGUGCUAGGUGUGGCUGAUAGCCUGCUGCUACGUGUGUGAUGGAUGAACCUUUGGCGACUGCCCGGACAUUCGGCGACUGCCGCGACUGCCAGUGGAGCCGCCGAACCGCGGGGUGGCUCAGACGCGGCCGCCAGCACCGUCCCGGACCGAUGGCACAGCUCACCUGGCUGCAGCUGCACUCUCCCGCCCGUCACCCUGCCAGACCCCUUCGCUUUCUUCGUGCGGCUUCGUACGGCGCUGCGGGCGGGCACAGUGGCUGCCCCGACUGAGCAGGAAUGUAUAGACUUCCCCGAGAGCGGACGGCCGUCGCUUUGAGACGGCAGGCGAAACCCCUGACUUGAGGGAGGUCGGUCACUGCCCUCUGUAUAUGAUCUCUGGAAUGGUAUGGCCAUGAAUACGUGUAGCGGUAUAUCGGCGUGCAUUGUGUUUAUUAGCAAUUUUACGUGUUUGUGUUGCAUUAAUCGUGUAUUUGUAUGUGUUUUACUAUAGCCGUAUGUGUCGCGCGGGUGCUAUUACGGGUGUAGACUCCAGUGUCCCGGGAGGUGACCGGGACGCCGCGGGGACCCUCCGGUCCCGCCGGGUGCCGGGUUACUGCCCGCGGUAGCUGCUGCGAUUGGAACGGAGGAUGGCUCGGUGGCAGUCGAUUGGACCUGUCGGUGCGGACUGCGGAGUCGUGUGGCACCGGCUACUCGACCUGGCUCCGUGCUUCCCACUACCGGCUUUUUACCCGCCACGGGCGGUAUGUGAUGCGUAAUAAUAAAUAAACGGCCACGUAUA